ACGGAGAAGAAACUGUUCAAAAUGGCACUGAUGUUUCAAGCAACUUUAAGGUACUUUUAGGCACUUUUUAGCUUUUAACCUACUCAGCUUAAGUUAGGGGUAUAAGUUAACUAUAAAAAGGUUAUACCUCUAUAUGAAGCUCACAUCGUUUUUAGCUUUGUUGCACCAUGUCACUUCGCUCAUCUUACGUUUACUAAAGUCGUUGAUUACAUGGGUAAACCCGUGAUAGGUGAAUGCUCUCGCAAAGUCGCAGGGCCCUUUUUAGUUUGGCAGCGUUUGUACUCCCGUGGGAAUUUCUUGUUGAAAGCAAGCCACUGCACAAGAUAUGUUCAGGGGACCCUAAACAACCAAAAAGUCGUGUUGCCACUGAACGCUUUUUAGAGGUUGUUUCAGAAAUACCCUUGUGGAUCUUGCAUGAAAACGAGGCUUAUUCAUGCAACAUCUUUUAUUUUCGUUUAUUAUAGGAAAAUAGCACCAAAAUAGAACCAAAGAUAUAAAUCUAUGAUUUUGUUGAAGUCUCAAACACAUAUUUAGUAACUGUGAGUCACAAGAUUUGUCACAUGACUUAAUGAGCAUGGAAGUGAGGCUGGGCUACAAAAAUUUCUUUUGACCUUCCUAUGAUGUUUAAAAUACUUUGCUAUUCUUCAUAAACAGCAUAGAUGUUAAUUUUAAGUUCAGGUUCAGAAAUUCAGGGGGAAUGAAGGGGAAAUCCAUUGUUACCAAUAGAGUAUAAAGGGGAGCCUGUAGAUAAUUGACUGCCAAUUAACUGCCAACGAGGGAGGGAUAACUUAAUCACAGAGCUUCUUGAGGGAUCAGGUAAAUUAUCAUGAUGCAGCAAAAAUCAGACAAACCCCCACCUCUUCCCCCUGCCCCUGUCCCUUGGAGAAAGUCAAUCUCUAGGACCUUAUGUAGAAAUAGAAGCUUUCCACUUGGAAGACUGCCUGCAGAAAUAUCAAAUUAGGGGUUGAAAACAACAUUGUGGCACUGCACAAGAACAGGAACCUCUUCGCAAGAGUGAUAAUCGUAUUCAAGAUUUGGCCAGAGAUUGAUACUAAGAAGUUGUUGGUACUUACGAGUUUUCCUUAUUGCCAAGAUCAAUGUUUGCAGCUAAUGGAACAUUACUUCGCUGCUCAUGUAAGAGUGCCCUAUUUGGUAUCUUAGUGAAACUACACAUGAACCUAAAUGAAGACAACAACAGUGCUGUCAACCAAAGUACACAAGUAUACACGAGAGUUACUGUGGUGGAUGCAGCUAAAUUACUUUGUUAGUCACAUUUUCAAGACCUUCAGAGAAAAUAAGGGAGUCCGGUUGGUUUUUGGCCGAUAUAGUCUGCCAUCUUCUCUAAAAAGAGAUACAUGGACAAAGGGGCAAAAAGGCAAAGAAGCACAGAAGACCAUCAAGGCUGGCCAGCAAAACAGGGGAUGAGUAGUUGUAGUAGGAGGCCAGAAUGCAUGGGAACAAGAGAAGAUUUUCUUAGCUCCAAAGCAAACAAGAGGGGGUAGAUGCAGAGAUUAUUUUACAUGCCAUGGAUGCUACAGCCAGAGUUACGACAUUCUCUCAACACAGAGGUUUACUUCUUGGCUCUCAGACAUUAUUCAAGUCUUUGCAAGCACCCCUUUUGUCACUAGUACUUGAAGGAACCAUCAAGAAAUUAUUCUUUGGGAAAAAAAAGAAAAUGGAGCUAAUCUAUUGGUGGGAAUAUGGUGCUGAGAAAACAAGAAUAAAUUAGUUGAAUGAAAAGUGCUUAUUGAUACCAUGGGACUUUCUGAACUGCCUAGAAGAAGGGAAAAGCCACAAACAGCGGUAUACUGCAUAGAAUAAUUUGGGAGAUGUAGGUGCCUAGGGACUGGUUUUGAUGUGUCCUUGUCAUAUGUUCUCUACUUUGUGAAUGUGUUCUUGUAAUCAGCCACCUAGUCAUCUUCCUGUUUCACCAAUGUAUAACUUUUUGCAAUAAAUGCAAGUUAUGCAUUAGAUGACAUUGGUGGAGGUGCAUGUGAAGUGAUCAGUGAUCUCAAUGGAUUUCUCAUGUCUGAACAUUUUCUCUACAUUGGAAUGAAAGGACAAGUUUUGCAUCAUGAGCAAGCGCAUUUGAAAGUUCCAGGUUGGUAAUUAGUUUGAAAUGACCAAAAAGUUACCUUCAUUUUUGUCACCUUUGAAUGAAAUUAGUAGAGGUUGUGGAAAGACAGUACCGUCUCUGUUCCUAUGAGGAAUGGUGGGGUGACCACCAAAUACAGGUUGACUGCUUAAUAUAGGUUACACAGAUUUCGUUUUAUUUUGAAGAAAGAAUUUUGAAGAAAAAUGGAGAUACAAUGCUGGAAUAAAUGUGUGUGUGGUUCAUAUGGUUUGUCUUAUGGUAACAUAUCUGACAUAUCGAUCUAUUUAUACAAAACCAUACCAUAAUGAAAUUCAAAGCGCUUCUUGCCAUGGAAAAGAGCUCUGGUUGCCUUGUUUUGAAAAUUUAAAGAAGCAGGUAAAUGAGGUUUUUCCAGUUUUGAUUAGAGCUUGUUGCUUGGAAAAUAUAAGUACUACCCUAUGGUUAUGUGCUUUACUUUUGCUUGUAGUUUCAAUUCUUCUCCUCUUGGACUUUGAUGCAAUUACGUUUUGCAAUAUUGGAGGAGGCACCAAACAAGCUGCACCUGAAGGCACUGUUAUGGGUGCUUGUUUGGCAUACUCUGGAAAUGUCACAAUUGUAAAGUGUCUUGAUACAAAAAAAGCCAUAUUUGGGCGAACAUUUUGUGUUUCAACUGCCAAAAAUAGUUACAGUAGCCACAUGGCUGCCAUGCAUGUGGCAAAAAAACAAGGAAUUUUCUCAAUUUUUAGGGCCCAUGAUUGAUCAAAAGAAAACAAAAACUGAUGAUAGGACUCUACAUUUGUCAACUUGAAUGGAAUGGUUCUCAAAUAAAUGGAUGUCACCUUUCAUGUUGUGGAAGAUUUAAUAAUUUCAGGCAUAAAACAGUUGAAAUGCAAAUGGGGAAAGUGCACUGGGGUGAAAAACCAUGUUUCUACUUCUACUAAUUGUGUUCCAAAUCCUACUGUAAAAUAAUAAAUCUCUGUCCAGAUGAAAGCAAUCAAGCAAUUCCAGGGACAAAUGACCACACCCUUUUCUUCCUGAAUUCCACACAAUCCUCCUUCUCUCCCCCCCCCCCCCCCAAAAAAAAAAUUACUUUGAGGUGUGACUUCACUUCACUUUUACAUUCAUAAAAAACCAGAUUCACUGCUUCACUUGAAGUGAAGCUAAAGUUUAUUUUUAUUUUCAAUUUUACUUUGUAUUAAAAACUUAAAAUAAAAUGAUUCACAUCACCAAAUUUCUUUAAAUAUCUUUUUUCCACAGGUUAAAGAAAGCAGUUGAACUAAUAAAUGGCUUAGACACUGCCAAGUUUCGUCUUUUGCUUAGCAGAAUUGUACAAAAGCUUCAUUUGAGGGUCAGUGUCUCAACUUGACAUGCAUGUGUUUAGUUGAGAGCAACAGUUUAUUAAAAUCGUUGAGGACUACAAUUUGAUUAUCAUAACCCUGUUUUUUAAUUUAUUAAUUUUAUUUUUUAGUUGAUGAUGACAACACUUGACCUUUGCCUUUUCAUUCUAAAAUUCUAUUUCACUGGCAUUUAUGUAAUGUUUUGCCCUUGGCUGCAAGUACGUAUCCCACUCACUGCAACAGUAUGAAUUAAAACAAAUAUCCAUUCUCAUCCUGGAUGGUGUUUUCCUUUCAAAGAAGUGCCCAUCAUUUAUUUUUUUUGAGAGUUCAGUGGUACGCAUUUUGCAUGUUGUAUACUGCUGGGUGAAGACAGGGAUUGUGAUAAUAAAGUGUUGUGACCAAGAACUUUGCAUAAUUAUCCUGGCCAAAGCUUUUUUCCACUUCACCUAAAGUACCACUUGCAUGUUCUGUAACAGCACCCAUGCCAAUCAAGCUUAUGUAAUAGAUAUGAAUUACAUCUGCUUGGGAGUUUGUGUUAAUGAGCUUUCAGUAGAAAAGUUACACAUGUGCACACCAAAGGUGUGUAUUUCAAUUUGUCUUUUGUUAUUCACAGUGGGAAUUUGUGUGUAGUUUUUCACAAAAAUGCUAUGACUGGGGAAAUUUGUAUUUAAAUUGAUGUGCUGUUUCUUAAAUAAUGGAAAAAUGCAAAGUUGAUCAUAACUUGCUCCCUUAUGUGAAUGAGCCUUACUGCAUGAAAAGUUCUUUGGCAUUGUAAUCAGAGAAGAGUAAUUGCUUUCUUCAUUGACAUAAUUUGAGUGCUGGGAAGUUAGUUGGAUGAAGCAGAACAAAUUUAAUGUAGCUUGUCAAAAAACUUAAGUGACUUGCACUAUUAUCUCAAGAACACCAACUACUGUUAUGGAAAUGCAUGAAGGAGCAGGAAGUAGAGCGUUAUAAAUCAAUCCAGGUCAUGGCAGACAUUCCAUGAUUGAAGUUCACAGCAAGGCACCAUUUGAUCUGCACCAGAUGCAUAACAUUAUUUCCUGUAGCCAACAUCGAUUGUCUUAGAGCCAUGCACAAAUACUUAAGGUGAUUCUUCAGAAAAUAAAGUUAUUGAACAUUUUUUCAAACUGUAGUCCUUAAAUGUUCCCCACCAGUGUUCAUUUCAAAGAAUACAAUAAAAAAGAUAGGUCACCAUGCUUGUUUAAGAGUUGUGAUGGGCCAAACUUAUCCUAAUUAUGCUGGUACCAGUGCUAAUUACAUGUACAUACAUCAUUUCAUGGCUUCACUGAGCAUUUUGUGGAAGUUGGAAGCAAGGGAUUUUAAAGUAACACUUGAAACAAACUUGAUUGGUAUAAAUUCUUGAGAGUAUAGAAUAAUUUGAUGUAUUCUAAAUAGAAAAAUUAUGCAAUUUGAAAUGACAUUGACUUAAACUGUUUCUUGAGUCACUGCUCUCAAGGUCAUGAUAUGCAUCCUUGAGUAAUAGGCUUCAUGCAGGCCUCUUAGGUAUAUCUUAUUUUCCCUUUGAUGAUUUUUUUAAUUUCUCUCAUUUAAAUGAGAUAUUUUGUUCGCCAAAAUUAUGAAAUAAGAAAUGUAGGUCACCCUGCCCAUUCAAGAGCUGAAGACCAACAUACCUCUUUACUUGGUCCAGGGAUUGAAAAACUACCCUGUUCUUGGAAUACGCGUGUGCUCAUUCCCCUGAUUAUGUGAUUUUUAUGCGCACAGGAUGCGCAGUGCAAAACUGAGGAAUCACCUUAAGGCAGCCAAGUUCUCAAAAGAGGGCAAGAUAAACAGUACUUCUCUUGUGUUCACUUUGUGAGUCUUUCAUUCGAUUGAUUGUCAAUGAUUUUAAUCAAACCUUGUCCUUUUUUGUUAAUUGAGGAAUAUCUGGAGUUAUUUUUAUGCAUUCUGAAAUUGCACUUUAGUUAGCAAACAUUAAGGAAUAAUUGGGUGAUGUUCAAGGCAAAAAAUUAUGGAGGCAGAACAAAUUGAUUUUUUCCUUAAAGCAAUUAUGAUUGUGUUGUCAAUGUAGGAGUCAGUGGAGCACUUCAUAAUUUGUUUGUUCUUACUUCCAAAACUUCAUUCAGUGUUCAAUAAUUCUGCUUUUGAGACCGGAAAAAAGCUAUUGGAAGAAAAGCUGAGGUAGUGCAAGGUAAUCUUUUUUUAUUCUUAAAACAAAUUUUCAAUUCACAAGAAAACAAAGUAAGUGUUGUGACUUGCUCAAGCUUGUUGGAAAUAUAACAAAGAAUUGUGAAUUCAAUCUUUGUUUCCUAUUACACAUACAUUUUCUUGCAUUCAAUGAGCUCUAAUUAACUGGCAUGCAUUUGACAUGCAUGCAUUUUUUAUUACACCAAGGUGCAUUAGCAUGUUGCGGGCAUGCAGUCCCAUGAAUGUGUGUGAAGGGUGUUUCAAGCUGUGGUACAUGCAAGUGGUACUAUACUUCAGACCUCUACAUUCAUAUGAUAGUCAUGACUAAGAAAUUUCGAACUCCUGGCGGGAAAGGUCUACUGUUUAAUGAAAUGGCCUCAUUUAGCUACUUACCAUGCAGAAUUUAGCCAUAGGCAACCCAUUAAGGGUCUGGUGUUUGUGCUAAGUUAUACCCAUGUUUUCUUGUAACUGGUCUUUAUUUGUCAAAAAGAACUUUUGGCCAAAUCUAACACAAAUUCUUAUGUAAUGAUAGGUGUAAGCCUUAUAAAAAAUAUUCUAUUUCAAUCCUAGGAUGAAAGAGCAUUUUCAGAGGAGGAGGAAAUUAAGCUUCAAGUUGCUUUGGAACUGGAGGCAAAUGAUCUUCAUGUGGUUUUGGAAACUGCAGCCUUUAUCCUUGAACAGGUAACCUAAAUAUAUUUUGCGAAAUGGAAUUCAGUUAAUCAUUGACUUAAUGUGAUUUCUCAGUAUUAGCAUGCAAAUGAGCAUGUGCGCAUUCUAAGAACAUUGCUGAAACCAGAACAACAUUUUGUUUAUGUAAAAUCAUAUGUGAUUAUUGUAACAACAUCAAAUGGUCAUUACAACAGAUGGAAAGUGAAGUGGAUUUCAAAGUGUCGUAUCAUCAGGUGAAAUCAUUGACAAGCAGUUGUAGUUGAAAAAUUGCUCUAUAUUUGUAGUUUUAGUUAUAGCACUACAUUACAGUAUGUUCACUGACAACAGUUUACAUAAUGAAGGAAACUAGAAUGACUCUAUUCUUGAUUUCUUUUACCUUGUCUUGUAGGCAGCAUAUCACAAUGCCAAAGCACAACUUUUGACACAGCAAUUGUUGGAUAUUCAAUUAGCAGAUGAAAAGGUGUUUUGUCAUUUCCCUCUAUGAAAGACUCUUUCUGCAUCAGUCCAAAGGUCCCUUUUUGUAUUUUGUUUCUACCAAAAAUUGUUGGUUUAUAAUAUUUGCUUAGAAUUCUUUUUGUGUGAUAAAUAUUUUUAAGUUGGUUUUCAUGGUUGAUUAGUAAAUGACAUCACUUACAUGUAUACUAGAUUCUUUGUAUUCAAAAACAGUUAUUCAGAGUACUGAAGUUCAGUGAUGGCGAGGUAACUUCUAGAGGUUGCUCUGGUAUUUUAAAAAUUGAGAAUAACUUUAAAUCCUUUAAAACACUGUUUUCAUCAGUCCAGGACAUGACGGCAAUAACAACUGCUUUGAUAAGGUGUGAUAAGCUUGUAACAUUUUAGUAUCGGAAAACUCAAUCUUUAGUUUUAUGUAGAUUCUCUAACUUCAGGAGAAGUAAUAGGGUAUGUAGAUUAUACAAAUUUUUACGAACCAUGGUCAAAAUGCUAACUGGCUAUUAAUGCCAAAGGGUGUGAGGCUUUUUGAUAUUCCGACUUCUCCUUUUACGCCUUCAUAUCUGACAAAAAUUGCCAAUGUUUCAUUUGCAGAGUUCAAAGUAGAUUUUCUCAGCAACUGAUAGGAAUAUUGAAUGUUGAUUUACACUGUGCAGUUCGUUUGGUUGUGCAUGCAAACAUAAAAGUGGGUUAUUAAAAUUUAUCAAACAGCAUCAAUAUUUUACUUUAGAGCUUGCCUGCACAUAUAAUUACACCAUAUCUCUAAAAUGAUUAUUUCUUUGGAUUCCACAUUUUUUAAGGUUUUGGUGAUAUAUACUUUUAAAGGGUUUUAUGAAAAGCAAUAUGAGUACAAACUAAUUUUGCAAGAUACUUCUAAAGGUCUACGGUAACCUUAAGUGAAAGUACAGGUUUGUACCCCUGAACAACUUUCCAAUUUUUAGAUGUUUGUGUUUUCAUUGGGCAGCACUCACUAUUUACAUUUCAAAGGAAACUAUAUUAAAUUGCUUGUACUGUACUAUUUGAUAAUUCCAGGUCAGUUCAAUUAUUAAUCUGGAAGCAGUUUUGUGAGCUCUUGUAGUCACUGAUAUUAGAAAGUUUACCACAAGCACUGUGAUUGGUCAAAAACCUACAAUUUAUCAUGCUGGUUACUCUGUGGAAAAUUUAAGCAUACUUUCUUUUGUUUUAAGUUUAUUUUACAAAAGCAGAAUAUCACACUUUCUAUCAGUUUACCGAAGUAACUUUUCUCAUGUUCUCCCAAUAUCUUGAGGUGGUUAUUAUGCCAGUAAACUGAUAGAAAGUGUUGUCUAUUCCUUAACUAUAACAUGUGACAUAUAAUUUAAGAAGCCUUUAUUUUCUGGUUAAACAUCACCAACAGUUAGAAAACUGGAGGUUCCACAUAAGUCUGGAACAAUGUAUGAAAGUGUUGAACUAUAACUUGUUUUCAGGAAGAAGAAACAAAUAAAAUUUCGUACCCAUUAGUUAGUAAUACUUUUCUUGAUAUUGCCAGGUUCAAGCUCUAGUGAAUCUAUGGACUGCAAAUGGAAAAUCUGUUGCAGAAAAGCUGAAGCAAAGAAGUAUUUCUCCUAAACAGGUUGUUUAUAUGAUGGAGGAAACAUUUAUUUUGUCAUAGUUUAAUUGUGGUAUAUAGGGUAUGAAUGAGUAUAGUGAAGGUUUGUCUGCAAAUGACUCACCCCGUAGCUCACAUGCAAUGGAACCUUAACUUAUUAAGUACUAUGACUGGCUACUUUUAGCAAUUCAGGUGUCCGUCUCAAUUUUUCUUUAAUAAAUCAGAAACAACAAAUGUGUAGCUUUACAAUAUAUCAUUAAGAGAAUUAUAAGUAUAAUUAAGAAUAUAUAAAAAUUGUAGCAUUGUAACAUUAUGAAAUAUGAAGUUUCUUAUAUACAGUGAAGUGAAUUGAAGAGGCAUAUAUUAAGGGAACAAUGCUCGAAGCGUUCGGUUUUAACUCUAGGUAAUAUAAAGUCAUGCUUGCACUCAGGGAACAAACAUCUCUUUGGAGGUAGCAAAUUAUGAAGUGUAUGAUCAUCACUGAUUACAUUCUUAAAAAGCAUAGAGUCCCUAUCUUUAAUUAAGUCAAGUAUAGUAGUUUUCUUUGUGGUAUAGCCAAACCUGUGGGCCCUCUUGAGAAACCUGCCAAUUCUGUCUAGAUAUUUUCACUGUUAAGCUGCACCCCAGACUUCCACCCUAUACAAGAAUAUGGACAUGACAAACAAGUUAAACAAAUUAUUGACUUGAUCUUUGGAAUAUCCAUAGGAUUUGCAUACCCUAAGAAUGUACAUUCGGCUGCUGGCUUUGGAUAGUAUCUUGUCAAUAUAUAUGUCCCAGUUCACAGCAUCUUCCUAAAACGUGACUUCUAAUAGUUUAAGCAUGAUUUCUUUUUUAUUCUUGGUAAUUCUGGAGGGGAUAACUUGGUAGUUUUGCCACGCAUGCACAUUUUCCAUGUUUUGGUAUAAUAGAGAGACAUCUCAUUUGUAGGGGCAGUAUCCGUGCUUUGCUUAACAGGGACACUUAUUUUAAUGUCAUCUGCAUACUUCACUAGGAGAUUGUUCAUUGGAGAAACAGCUGUAAUAUCAUUCACCAUAAGAGAAAAUAGAAUGAGUCCUAAUUUGGUGCCUUGAGGAACCCCCUAUUAAUGUCAACAAAGGCAGUGACCACUUUGUCACCAACUACUCUUUGUUUCCGAUUGUCCAAUAUGGGUUUAUGUUGGUAGACUUUGGCUUGUCACAAGCAAUGUUACAGAUAUUCUUGUGGGAUACUGUGUGGAAUGCCUAACUAAAGUCAAAGGACAACAAGUCCACAUAGUAAGAGUCAUGAUCUACUGCAGAUAACCAGAAAUGUUACCAUUUUAGGAGGGCUAGAGUAGUGUUGCACCCCUCCUUAAAUCCAAAUUGGUUAAUGUUAAUGAUCGACUCAAAAUUCUGUUGAUAUUUCUUGUUUGAACACCAGCCUUUCAAAAAGUCUCCUAAUGGUGUUGGUUAGAGAAAUUGGUCUGAGUUGUGUGCAUUCAGUAAUUGGUGACUCUUUUGGAAUUGGUCUGACAUUUGCAGUGUUCCAAAGUGUAGGAACAGACUGGUGCAUGAUAGAGUGGUUUAAUAUCUUGGUGAUAAUCUCUGCAAGGUGGUGAGCAUAGUCUUUCCAUAACCAAUGGGGUAGUUGAUCAGGGCCUGCAGAGGUUCAUUUCUGGUUAAGCGGGAACCAUUUGACUGUAUUAACAUCAAAAGUGGGAAUUCUAGUUCCAUUGGGUAUUGGAAGUUGUUCAGGGGCAGUAUGCAGCAGACUGGUGUUGACCUCUUUGAAAUAGGAAUUGAUAGUUUCUAGUUUGAUGAUGGAUUAGAUAAUUUGGUUAUUUGAUUUUUUUGCCAGUUAUAUGUUGUUGACUGUGUCCCACCAACCCUUGGUUCUAUUUCUGUGUGGAAAGAAAUUAAAGAAAACUAGUAUUUAGUUCCUGCAGUCUGGUGUCUUUGAGGAGCCCAUGUUUCUUCAUGCUUUUAUUCCUUAAGUUGCACAGGUGUUUAAUUAAUGGUGACAUAAAAGGAGGAUCACAAGAUGAUAUUUUCACUUUGAUGAGCAGGAAACAUUCAUUAUAUAUCUGAGUUAAAGUGUCAGUAAGCUCAUUAACCAUGUCUCAUGGCCUUUCUCAUCAACAAUCAUAUUCUCACCUUUACCAGUUUUCCACAUUUCUCCUGCAAUUCCUCUUUGCUUUCUUUGGCUACAACCUGAUUACCCAACUUUUGGUUUUACAUUUUACAUAGGCUGGUAACAAAAAAACAUAGCCAGUAUAACUACAUCCUUUUAGAGGAUUUCUUUUUCUAAAAAGGUUACAGCCAGUGAAUUUAGGAAUUUCAAUGUACAUUUCUUUGAAAUGAAGUUUGUUUGUGUGGGCUGAUGACCUGAGCAAAAUUGUAAUCAUGAGGUGUCUGCAGUUGCUAAAUUUGGUUAAAACAGUAACCUUGUCGAAAUGAAAAUAAUUUACCAUGUAGCAGAAUAUUUAUUUUCCAAUCCAAAUAAUACUGCAGUUAGGCAGUUAGUAAGUUAAGCAAAUGUGAUUGCUUCUUCAAAAACACAGGGAGAGGGGACAGGGCACAUUUUCAAGGGGAAACACUUAUUUAAACAUUUCAGCCAUUAAGAGGGGACACUUGUUUGAAAGGGGUACUCAUGUUAGUAUAAGUUCUAAUUUGAGGAUGGUAGUGUGUGUAUGUUGUUUAACAGUAACAUGGAAUAGCUUAUUAAGUUGAAGUUCACAUGACAAACUUGGACUGCCUAUGGUAGACCUAGGUUUAGUUUGUGGAGGCCUUGUAAGCUCAAAAGUGUCAAAUAUUUAGCUGGGAAGCUGUCCCACUUUAGAUAGAAUGUUGGAAACCUCAGCAGCAGACUGAAUUUGAAAGGGUGAAAGGCAAUCCAUUGAUUGAGAGGCUCCUCAAGCACCGAACCUACUUUGAGGUGAAACUUGAUGAGUUAUCCACUUUUUGUUUCUUAUAGCUGUCAGAAGUAAAUUGGAGAUUAAACCUUCAAAUGGCACAAAGCAGUAUGACAAAGAUGAAACUCCCAAAUGCCAUGUUUGAACUAAACCUUUCCUCAGGAAGCCAGGUAAAGUUAUUCUUUAUAAUCACAAUUAUUGUGAUCUGCUCUAGCAACUUGAUUUAAGUUAUUUCCUUUUUUAUUUGUAGUGCAGUGAAGAACAAGUCCAUUUAGAAUUUACUCAUGGAGAACUUUAUGCUUUUUACAAUCAGGUAUGCGAGGACAAGUUUUUUUUCACAUACUCUUGGUCUUAAUUACACUCAUGUUAUUGCUGUUUGGGCUUUCCCUUUUUACUUGGAUGAAGAAAUCAUUUAGUGGGUGUAAUCAUGCAUCAGACUCUUUGCUUUACACUUUAUUUUACUUGGGGAAGUGCCAGCAAACUAUCAAUGAAUUGUGAUUUCGAUGGUGGAAUGUUUCAAAAGGCUGAUGUAAAUAGGGCUAAUUUGAGAGAAGUAGCAAAACAUAUUGAUACUCAAAGUCACUACACUGUUCCUGAAAAGAAGUUCUGCCAACAUUGGGCUGCUCUAAUGUGAAAUAUUGUUUACAUCUGAAAACUUGAUACAAGGUUAUGUUUUUUAUUUACUAAAACAAACUUAAAAAGAUAGAAUUAAUAAUCUUUUACUUGUUUGAUAUUUUAUCUUUAAGCUGGAAACCAUUCAGAAUCAGCUUGACACACUCAGUUAAUGCUGACUACCUUGGAAAUUCAUUGCAUCAAAUAACCAAGCUGUUUAUGUUAUCCUGCAGAGAUCUGUCUUUUUAAACCCUGUUACCUUGAACUGUCAAUAGAAAUGAAAAACAGUUUUUUUAGAAUUUUACUUCAAGGCAAUAUCACUUGGAUGAUAAUUUAAGGUUCCUGUGAAUUGUUUUUACAGACAAGCUUGACAGAAAGGUGAAUAUUGACUGGCUGAUUAUAAUGCAAUGACAAUAAAAUGGGGAUAACCAAACUAGUCUGUGAGUAACACUAGUUUCUGAGUAAGGUUGCUUCUUAAAUAAUGUAGAGUUGUUGUGGCAACCUAAUACCAUGAAAAUGAUCAAAAGAAUAUGGUUAAAAGAACACACGAAAAGUUGUGGUAGUAGAGAUUCAUCAAAGAAUUGAUGUUUAAAGUUCACAAAACCGUUUUGAGCAAAAAUAGUCAAAUAGCCUGAAAGUCAUCUCACCCGAAAUCAUGUCACCCAAAAUUUUAGUCAUUUUGCCAGAAAUCAUGAGUUUGUCACCCAUAUUUUUUUUUAUCCCAUGUAAAAACAGCAGAGGCAUAUUUUCAGAAAGAGCUGAUGGUACCGAUCGAUCGAACAACCCUUUUUGGUUUAUUUACACAGGUUAGCAAACCUUCCAUAUUGACAUUUCACCGUAAAUACGACCAGACAUCCAAGGUCAAGGUCCCAUUGAACUAUUAAAUUAUAAGUAACACAUGCAUCCACCUUAAACAAUGUUCGUAUAUUAUAGAAAACGUUGUUCUUCAUAUUUUUUUAUUGAUAAAUGUGGCUUACAAUGUAAGAGUCGGGCUAAUCAGUCGUGUAUCGAUCGCCACGUUUCAGUUGCUUUACUGCUAGUAUUCAUUUAGGAAAGAAGUUGAAAGUUUAAGUGUCGUUUUUCUAUCGCUCCUUGGUUUGUUUUUACUGGCGUGUAGGUGUCGUAGAUGUUGUUAGAUGUCGUUCCCUCAUAGGUCUGCUUAGUUGCUAAUUGACUGCUAUGUUUCUAUGCUUUAGGUCUUUUGAUUCCGU